AGGCUUAGCUAAGAACGCACUCCUAGCUGCUCUCCGCUGCAACAUCGCCCCUGGAUCAAACAGCAAGAGCACCCCGAAGAUUCGGAGGCAAGAAAGUGGCCACAAGUCCACAAGGGGAGAAGCCAGGCCCGGCAUCUGCCUGCCACGGGCACGCCAGAACAGCACAAGGCAGCCAGCAUCUCCAGACAGGAUUAAAGUGGAUUCUAUAGGAAGACUUUGGGGGUGGGGGGACGAUGGAUCUGCUGGCAUCUUCCCAACCUCACUGGAGCCCAGCCACUCCGACGGGGUAGUUGGGCAUUCAGCCCCCUGCAUCUGGAGGGAUAGAGCUGUAUAAUUUUGGGGAAAGAUCCAGAUAAUUUUUAAGGAAACAAGAGGUAUACUUUUAAAAGAAUCUCCCCCCUCCCCACCGCCAGCAAGAGAAAGGCUUUGGAUUUUUGUCUGUGUGGGUUUUGCUUUUAUCCUCAAGAUUUCUGUCCUGCUUGCAAUGGAGUGGCAGAUUCCCUACCUGAGGAGGAUCAGCGCAGCAGGGAUCCCGUGGGAAGCCAGGAAAGCUCUAAGGAUUCCGACUUGCUUGGGACUUACAGGGAGAACGAGGGAUGGGAACGGAUCUUUGCAGUGACAGGUAGGAAUGCAGAGAGAUUCUUCCUUCCACUGCAGAACAUGAAAGACAUGCUUUGGUGGCUGGCCCUGGCACUGAUUACAGGAAUCGACUCUAUUGACCAGUCUAGCUGUGAGAUACAAAACAACAACAUGCCUGGAUUCGCAAGCUGAGACAAACGUGUUCCAUUCUACAUCUGCGUGAACUUCGGCUUGGAUCUACUUGGCUCAAAUAGUAAACAAUUCAGAGUCUUCUCCAUAGCAGCAGUAUUUGGAGACGGGCAAGGCUGAGAGCCCAAAGGAGUCAAAAGGCCCUUCACCCACCCUGCCCCUUGACUCAGGGAUGAGUACGGUCAGAGUCAACCCUUACAGCAUAGUAUCUUCUGAAGAAGAGGGAUUGACGUUAACCACCAUGCCUGGAGUUAACGGCUUUGGCAAUGGUAAGAUCCACACAAGGAGAAAAUGCCGGAACCGGUUUGUGAAGAAGAAUGGCCAAUGCAACGUUGAAUUUACAAAUAUGGAUGAUAAGCCUCAGCGGUAUAUCGCAGACAUGUUCACGACAUGUGUGGACAUCCGUUGGAGGUAUAUGUUGCUGCUCUUCUCCCUUGCCUUCCUGGUGUCUUGGCUGUUGUUUGGUCUAAUUUUUUGGCUCAUUGCACUUGUACAUGGAGAUAUAGAGAAACCCACGCAGGACGAAACUUUCACGCCUUGCCUCCUUCAAGUGAACGGCUUCGUGGCUGCUUUCCUGUUCUCCAUCGAGACUCAGACGACGAUAGGCUACGGGUUCCGUUGCGUGACAGAGGAGUGCCCGCUUGCUGUCUUCAUGGUAGUCCUCCAGUCCAUCAUAGGGUGUAUCAUCGACUCUUUCAUGAUCGGUGCAAUCAUGGCUAAAAUGGCUAGACCCAAGAAAAGGGCCGAAACCCUACUCUUUAGCCAUCAUGCCAUUGUGGCCAUGAGAGAUGGAAAACUUUGCCUGAUGUGGCGAGUAGGUAAUCUUCGUAAGAGCCACAUAGUUGAAGCUCACGUCAGGGCCCAGCUCAUCAAGUCCAGGAUCACUGAAGAGGGGGAAUAUAUCCCACUUGACCAAAUAGACAUUGAUGUUGGGUUCGAUAAAGGCUUGGACCGCAUUUUCUUGGUGUCCCCUCUCACUAUCCUUCACGAAAUCAACGAAGAAAGCCCGUUGUUUGGGAUCAGCCGGCAGGAUUUGGAGACCGACGACUUUGAAAUUGUGGUUAUUCUUGAGGGGAUGGUGGAAGCCACUGCCAUGACAACACAGGCCCGGAGCUCGUACUUGUCCAGUGAGAUUCUGUGGGGCCAUCGCUUUGAGCCUGUCUUGUUUGAGGAGAAAAACCAAUACAAAGUUGACUACUCGCACUUCCAUAAGACCUACGAGGUCCCAUCUACCCCGUGCUGCAGUGCCAAGGACUUGAUCGAGAAUAAAUUCCUCCUCCCAAGCACCAACUCCUUCUGCUAUGAGAAUGAGCUCGCCUUCAUGAGCCGUGACGAGGAGGAGGAGGACGACGAUGACGACGACAGCAGAGGUUUGGACGGUCCGAGCUCAGACAACCAGCCUGAAUUUGACAGACUUCAGGCCACAGUAGGCCUGGAUCAAAGGUCAUACAGAAGGGAAUCAGAAAUAUGACCCGCAGCCCACUAACUCUUUUGAGGGUGUCUUUUCCUCUGGUUUCUUCCCCUACUAAAAACCCAACUCAAAUUAUGCAGAACAAUGCAAGUGCCAUAGGAAUGCCUGAGAAUUAGUAUGGUUUGUAGGUCUUUUUUUUUUUUUUAAUUGCAAUAACCACUGAACAGCCUGGGCUGGAAGUCCACAAGAGGCCUCAAAGUGUUGUGAACAUCCAGUGUUAAUAAAGCUGCUUAGGGAC